AGCGGCAGAGAGAUGCGACAGAGUUGCGAAAUUGCAGGCGCGGCUCGAAAUGGCUGUUAUUUCAAAUAGCGUACCAUAUUUUAAACUAAUCGGUUAACCGGUUUCAACCGGCUACUGAGGCUCGGUGGUCGGUCAAGAAUUUUUUUAGUUUUCGCCAUCCCUAUUAACUACUCAUGUCUCUUAAAAAUGCAAAUGUAACAGCUCAUCACAUAGUCAGAUACCGCUAAGUCCAAACACUAAGAAUCCUUGGUUAAAAUCGUUUUAAAUUGUGAAAAUGUAAAAUCCAACGGCAGCAUACAGGAAGUCACUGCAUAGCAUGUGAGUGUUUCUGCAGGACAGGCUAUGAGGCUGCUGCCAGGCAUUUCAUUGCUGGGGAUCUGGACGUGAGCCUGAGCGGUAGAUCCUUCAUGAUCACUGGUGCCAACAGCGGCAUCGGCAAAGCCACCGCCUGUGAGGUGGCCAGAAGAGGGGGGACUGUACACCUGGUUUGCAGAAACAGGGAGAGAGCGGAGGAAGCAAAGCAGGACGUUAUCCAGCAGUCUGGAAAUGAGAAUGUCCAUGUUCACCUGCUGGACAUCUCCAGCCCCAGGCAGGUGUGGCAGUUUGCGGAGAGUUUCAUGCAGAAGAACGUCUUGCAUGUGCUGAUCAACAAUGCUGGCUGCAUGGUGAACCAGAGGGAGCUUCAGGAGGACGGGCUGGAGAAGAACUUUGCCACAAACACUCUGGGCACCUACAUCCUGACCACAGCACUUAUCCCAGCAUUGACAAAAUCACAUGACCCACGGGUGAUCACAGUGUCAUCAGGGGGCAUGCUUGUCCAGAAGCUGAACGUGAGCGACAUGCAGUUCGAGAAUGGUACUUUUGAUGGCACCAUAGCUUACGCCCAGAACAAAAGACAACAGGUGAUCCUCUCGGAGCAGUGGGCCUCUAAGCAUAAGGAGAUCCACUUCUCCUGCAUGCAUCCAGGAUGGGCUGAUACUCCAGCGGUGCGAUCCUCCAUGCCCGAUUUCUAUGAGAAGAUGAAGAGCAGGCUGCGCACAGAGGCUCAGGGGGCAGAUACUGUGGUGUGGCUGGCUGUGUCAAAGGAGGCCAUCCAUCAUGCCAGCGGCUGCUUCUUCCAAGACCGGAAGCCGGUGUCCACACACCUGCCUCUGGCCUCCACCAGGGCCUCCAAAGAGGAGGAGCAGCAGCUGGUGACGGCCCUGGAGGACCUGUCUCACAAGUUCCAGCCAAGACCACAGCCAACCCAGGGUGCAAGAGAUGCUUAGGAAGCCCGUUGGGCUGCUUGCAGCAGUUAGCACAACGUGUCGCCCCUCUAACAACUGGAAAGACGACCUCACCAGGAUCAACGGAUGCCGACGGAAAAAUCCCACUUAUAUAGUUUGUAAACUGUAUAUAUCUAAUUUCGCUUUUCCUGCCCUCCUCUAGUACCUGGACUGAAUGUGUGAUCUAAACACUUUAUAUUAUACUGUUCCAAUAAAAUACAUUUUAUAUUUAGA